AUGGCAAACAAUCACACCGAUGACUUAGAGGAGCUUCUCGAUAGCGCAUUGGAUGACUUCAAAGAUCUCAAUCUUGCUCAAAGGGAAGACGAAGAUGGGAAGAAGAAGAUGAAAGAAGAGACGGGUUCAUUACCGAGUGGAGUUCAAGGUCUUGGAAUGGGAUUACCUGACAUGAGAAGCAAGAAGAAAGGGAAACAGAAGGUUUCGAAAGAGGACCAUGUUGCAGAAGCUCUUGAUAAGCUUAGGGAACAAACUAGAGAAACUGUCAAGGGAUUGGAAUCUAUUUCUUCAAAGCAGCAGCCAUCUUCUGAUGAUGAUGCUAUGGUUGAGGAUUUUCUCAAGCAAUUCGAGAAUCUUGCUGGAUCCAAGGACUUGGAAUCAAUAGUCGAAACUAUGAUGCAACAGCUAUUGUCGAAAGAUAUUCUCCAUGAGCCAAUGAAGGAGAUUGGUGCAAGAUACCCGAAAUGGCUAAAAGAGAACGAAGCCGGUCUAAGCAGAGAAGACUACAACCGCUAUUCACAACAGUACAAACUAAUCGAAGAACUCAAUGCGGUUUACGAGAAUGAACCAAACAAUUCAGCCAAGAUAAUGGAGAUCAUGCAGAAGAUGCAAGAAUGCGGACAGCCACCAAACGACAUCGUUCAGGAGAUGGGUCCCGGGUUUGAUUUCGCGAGUCUAGGCCAAAUGUGA